AUGGCUAACACCGCAAACGCGCAGUCCUCCGAACGGACACCCCUCAUCAACGACCGCCGCGACGGCGAAGACAGCGACGACUCCUCCCGCACUCCCCCGGGCCCUUCGCGCCUCCGCGAAAUCGUCCUCUUCGCCUGGGCCCUCCUCGCCACGGCAGCCCUCAUCGUCCUGGCAGUAUGGACCCAGCACCGGAGCUCGACAAAGUUCCCAACGCCGUCUGAGAGCAAGCGCAACCUCAUCUUCAUGGUCUCGGACGGCAUGGGCCCGGCCUCCCUCUCCCUGACGCGCAGCUUCCGCCAGCACGUCGAGGGCCUCCCCGAAGACGACGUCCUCACCCUCGACAGGCACUUCUGGGGCUCCUCCCGCACCCGCUCCUCAAACUCCCUCGUCACCGACAGCGCCGCCGGCGCCACCGCCUUCUCCUGCGGGAAAAAGAGCUACAACGGCGCCAUCUCCGUCCUCCCCGACUACGAGCCCUGCGGCACCGUCCUCGAGGCCGCCAAGCGCGCGGGCUUCAUGACCGGCCUCGUCGUCACCACCGACAUCACGGACGCCACACCCGCCUGCUUCGCCAGCCACGUCCUCACCCGCGCCAUGAACGACGACAUCGCCCUCCAGGAGGUCGGCGACGGUCCCCUCGGCCGCGUCGUCGACAUCAUGCUCGGCGGAGGCCGCUGCCACUUCCUCCCCAACGGCACCGACGGCAGCUGCAGGCUCGACAACACCGACGUCGUGAAAAAGGCCCAGGACGAGUUCGGCUGGACCUAUGCCGGCGACCGCGCGGGAUUCGACGCCCUCGAGGGCGGCGAAAAGGUCUCGUUCCCGCAGCUCGGCCUCUUUGCCCACUACGAUAUCCCCUUUGAGAUUGACCGCCGCAACAUGAGCGACGUCUACCCCAGCCUGAGCGAGAUGGCCGCCACGGCCCUGCGCGCCCUCGAAAAGGCCACGGAGAACAGCGAAAAGGGCUUCUUCCUCAUGAUUGAGGGCAGCAGGAUUGACCACGCCGGCCACAUCAACGAUCCCGCCGCCCAGGUCCGGGAGGUCCUCGAGUACGACAAGGCUUUCAAGCUCGUCUCCGACUUUGUCAAGGAUAGCAAGACCGAGUCCCUCUUGGUAGCCACCAGCGAUCACGAAACCGGUGGCCUCGCUACUGCUCUGCAGGAGCCCGGACACCUCCCCGUCUACAACUGGUACCCCAAAGCCCUCGCAAAGGCCUCAGCAUCCGCCGAACUGCUCUCCAAGAAAUUCCUGCAAAAGAUCGCCGCCAACAGCGGCAAGACUCAGAACAAGGAGGAGCUCAAGCAAUGGGUCAACAAGGAACUCGUCGUCCCCGGCCUCGGCAUCGACAACGCCCACCCGGAGGAACUCCAGGCCCUCGUCGACCACCCUGAGGUGUCCGUCCAGACGUUCGCCGCCAUGAUCAGCCUCCGUGCCCACAUCGGCUGGAGCACCCACGGUCACACGGCGCUCGACGUAAACGUCUACAGCACCGGCGGCGACGAGGCCCAGAAGAUCCGUGGCAACAUUGAGAACACGGACGUUGGCAAGUUCCUCCGCGGGUACCUCAACGUCGACGUCGACGCCAUCACCGAGGAGUUGAAGGAGAAGAUGAACCAGAAGCAGCUUGGCGCCAUGAACCUCCAGCAGGAGCAGAUGUCGGCCAUGGCCGAGGACCCCAGCCGCUGGAGUCAAAGCCAGAGCUUGGAGUACGCCCACUUGGUGAAGGCCGGAGCUGCCUAA